CUCAGUCAGUAGUGUUUCAGAAGCGCCCGCCGCCGCCGCCGCGCACGCGUCUUUCGAGUAAAGUUGCACACUAACUUCAUAAACUUCCUCUGCUCCAACUCUGGUUUCAAACAUUUAAUUUGAUUCGAUUCCACACUGGAUUAAGCCCGUUAUUAUUUGCUGUUCGGCCGAACAAAGUUGUUUUCCUACAGCGCAGGUACAAUGAGCGCACCCUGCAGCGGAUCGACUGAUUAGAGGGGUAAGAUCAGUUCUCUACAGGGCUGCAGUGUUUGCACUGUGACCUGCUGGUUUGGACACAGACCAGUGAAGAGGACACAGGAACAUUACGACCAUGGACAUCGGCAACGAUGUGGAUCUGUCCAAUAAUAACAUCACUCCUUUGUGGAAACGCCGCACAGACAAUUGUAAAAAACCCCAGGACUCAAGCAAACCCAAACCGCGACCCCUGAGUUACCACUUAAAUGGGGUCAUGACUACGGAUUUCCCUGUGGAGGACAACAAGUGUUCUUUCACCCUGAGCCAGCCCGCUGAGACACUGGUGGUCGCAUCCCCGUGUUCAGGCAGGAAAACUGCAGUGUUGAAGCACGUUCUGCACAAACCCUCCAGGAAAUCCCGAGUUGUUAGAAGCAUCAGCAUUGGGCACCUCUCCAACGGACGCUUCUCACUGUCCAAAUUUAGGUCUGAGGAUGGCAGGUCUGCCUCACUGGACAAUAGAGUGUGUAAUGGAGACUGUGACAGGGGGAAAACCAGUAAUGGAGAGGCAGUAUGGUCUGAAAAGCGUCUCCUGGACCCCCAGAAAUGCAUGUCCAGUCCAUUCAGUCUGAGCUCACAAAAAGACCAGAUAGCAUUUGGGAUGGGUUCACUCUCACCCGAACCUGUUCCUCUUAACCGAUCCUCUCCUGUCCUUUCUCAACGCACUCUUAACAAUAACAACUACAACCACCACGAACUGUCUUCCCUUUCGUCUGCAUCCAGCCCCUCUCCCCCAGCCUGCCGUACCCCUACCCCCUCCCAUAGUUCCACCUCCAGCAUCCCCUCCCUCUCUUCCCUCACCUCCUCAGACCCCCCAACCCCACGCUCCCCAUCGCCAGCAGACAGGGGGCAGGCGCUCCUCCGACAGUCCUCAUCCUCGCCCCCUGCCUCCUCACAGGACACCAGGCAUGCCUCCUCCUCGUCCUCCAUCUCUUCCACCUCGCCAUCUCCUUCUCUUUCCCCAUCUGUCUCUCCCUCCAUUGUCCUCAGCACCCACAGUCCAGCUGCCCUGAAGAUGGGCACCCAACAGCUCAUUCCCAAGGGUUUAGCGUCCGAUGUUCGGCAGAGCAAGACACCUCCCUCUGGGCAGCAAGGCCAAGGUUUGGCAGGGCUGCUGGGGUUGGAUCCUUCCAAGCGAGCUUUGAAAGCCCUUAGCAUGGUGGAAACAGGAGCCUUCUUUUCCACAGGAGGGGACCACAAUGAGGGGACAGAGGGGGAAAGUGAGAGCCCAGGGACGCUUAGGAGAGGCUUGAGGAGUACAUCAUAUAGGAGAGCUGUUGUGAGUGGAGUAGACUUAGAGGUCCCGUCGGUAGAUCCCAAGUUCCAUCGGUUGUUGCAGCCUGUCAUGAAAGGGCUAGAUAGGGAUAGUCCAGCUUUACCAAUCAGCCCAGCAAGUCCUGGUGCUGUUAGCCUCCCUAGUCCUGGAACAGCUAAACCUGCAAGCCCUGGAACAGCCAAGCCUGCAAGCCCUGGGACACCCAAACUUGUUAGUCCUACAACACCCAAACUCGGCAGUCCUGGGACACCCAAAUCUGCCAGCCCCAAGAUGUCAAAGCCUUCUAGCGCUGGGAUAGAAAAGCCUAACAGCACUGGGAAAAACAAGAGUCCAGAUAAGAAGAAAGUUUUGAUCACUCAGCGGACAUUUGACAGUGAGGAGGAGGAGCUGUAUCAGAACUACCAGGAAAAGGCCUUGCAUAAUGAUUCAGAUGAGGAUGCCGAUUCUAGAGGAUCCGGUGGUGACAGUGGCAUCGUGGUGCAGUACAGGCCCAUACGCACCUCCUGGUGCCAGCUCAGUGUGGUAAAGAAAAGUGGUCUGUCUGACCGCCUGACUCAGGAGGAACGCAAAAGACAAGAGGCAAUUUUUGAGGUGAUCUCGUCAGAGCACUCAUACCUCCACAGUCUAGAGAUCCUGAUCCGUAUGUUCAAGAACUCUGCAGAGCUCAGUGAGGCCAUGACUAAGACCGAACACCACCAUCUCUUUUCCAACAUCACAGACGUCUGCGAGGCCAGCAAAAAGUUCUUUAAGGAAUUGGAGGAAAAGCACCAACAGAGCAUCGUGAUCGACGACAUCAGCGACAUCGUCUGCAAGCAUGCUCAGUCCAACUUUGAUCCUUACGUCACCUACUGCUCCAAUGAGGUCUAUCAGCAGAGGACCCUGCAGAGGCUGGUGUCCAAGAAUCCAGCUUUUAAGGAGGUGCUCACCAGGAUAGAGGGCCACCCGGACUGCAGGAACCUCCCUAUGAUCUCCUUCCUCAUCCUGCCCAUGCAGAGGAUCACCCGUCUGCCCCUCCUCAUGGAUACAAUUUGUCAGAAGACACCUAAAGACUCAGCACGAUAUGAAGCGUGUAAGAGGGCUUUACAAGCAGUCAGCAAGGUGGUAAGAAAGUGUAAUGAAGGAGCCCGUACAAUGGAGAGAACAGAGAUGAUGUACACCAUCAACUCUCAGCUGGAGUUCAAGAUUAAGCCUUUCCCCCUGGUUUCGUCCUCCAGGUGGAUGGUAAAGAGAGGUGAGCUGACGGCCUUCGUUGAGGACAACGGCAUCUUCCUCAAGCGGACGUCGCGACAGCAGGUGUAUUUCUUCCUCUUCAAUGACGUCCUCAUCGUCACCAGGAAGAAGAGUGAGGAGAGUUACACCGUAAUAGACUACGCUCUGAGGGACCAGAUCUGGGUGGGCUCCUGCCAGCCAGAGGAUGUCAACCUGUCACCGGUCAGAAGCACCACCAGCAUGCUCAGCUCUCGGCAAGCCGGCGCCAACCAUCUUUUCCGUCUGCGUUUCCGUAGCAACCACUCCGGCGAUAAGGUGCCCAUGAUCCUGGGGACGGAGUUGCUAAAUGAGCGUGCUCGAUGGAUCAGCGCUCUGGGCCAGAACGUCAACAACAACAAGAGUCAAGACAGAAUCCAUGCCAAUCAGAUGGAGGUGAUCAGAACUUACACAGCCAAGCAGCCAGAUGAGUUGUCCCUGCAGGUGGCUGAUGUGGUGCUGGUCUCACAGACUGUAGAAGAUGGCUGGUGUGAAGGUGAGCGACUGCGCGACGGAGAAAGGGGGUGGUUCCUUGCGGAGUGCGCCGAGCCAAUCACGUGUCAGGCCACCAUUGAGCGCAAUAUGCAGAGGAUGGACCGCCUGCAGGGGUUGGAGACCAAUGUGUGAGCAGGACGAGCCAACUGCUUAAACUGCAGAGGGCUUUCCUCAGCUGUUAGCGACCCCUUGGCACUCAAGUGACCUGCCUUUUUAAGCAGUGAACCCAGACAGAUGAGUUCAGUAACUGCAAUCAGUGACCAAGUGGACCAGUAUUGAACCUGUGUAGCGGCUGGGCCUUUUAUAAAUGGGAUAAUUCAGGUUUCUAUGCAGUGUCCACUAAAUCUCAGGCGUACUGAGUUUCAAAGCGAAGACUGAGUUCAAAGCAAACACAGAGGAAGAAAAGAGAUUUCCUUAAUUACUGAUCGGCCCUUGUGUGGGCGGGGUGGUUUGACAGUGGGAUCUGUUGCAUUCAUCAGUUCCCUGGUUGGUUAGGAAAUUUCACACCCACAGCCAAAGUCGCUGCUUUCGACACCCUGCUACAUGACAACUGUUGGUGUUGAAUUUGUAAAUCUCGUUGUUUUCAAACAUAUUUUUUUGCGUAUGUGAGAUUUUUUUUGCGAUGUAAUAAUUGAGUGCAGUACCGCUAUAGAAGGUAAGGCAGAACAGAUAGUGUGAAAAUGACAGCAGCCUGAUGUCUGCUCUGUUAAUGAGCCUCAGGCCAUGUGAUCAGGAGCUUUGCCAGUAACAAUGUAACUAUGAAGAUGUUGAUUGUGAAAGUGAUAAUAAGGCAAGGCGGUGAGAUUGGCAGCUUCUUUACAGUGUGUGGGUUAGUGUAGAAACUCUUAUGAGUGUUUCACUAGCAUCUGAUGUCAAGUGAAACUAUCACAGUGAUAUUUACAACAAAAUCCAAUUUGGCAUAUGUCGAGAGGCAAAAGAAAGAAAUGGAUGCUACUCGUCUGUAGCCCAGGGCACUUUGUGUAAAUAGAAUAAGUCAUAAUUAAUUGGAUAAUAUUAGGAAUUACAGUCAUCUGGGAGGUAUAAUCUCACAUGUCAUGCCUUGUGGUUAAGCAGAGGGGUUAAGUAUCUUUUUCGAUCUUGCUGUUUGUCGCCAGUUAAUGUCACCCUCAUGAAUCAGACUCUGCAUUUGUGUCACAAAUGCCAUUAUUCUCUCUCAUCCACUCGAUGAUUUGGAUGAUUUAGACACCCUGAAAUAUCACACACACUUGAUGCCAGCUUUGGGGUGUGUAUAUAAAUACCCUCACCUUAGGAUUUAUAUCUGUGAUGCUACAGAGGCAAGCUGAGAUUAAUUUGUGUGUGCUGAUGGUAAGAGACGAGUGGCCCUGCCCGGCCCUGUUUUUAAUUUGAUUGUCCACUGUGAGUCAUCUUUUUAGUGUUGCCAUGUCCAGCUAAAGGAAAUGAAUGGCUUGACCGGAGUCUGGUGAUAACGCCAUCUAUCAAGCCCACUGCUCUGGCCCCUGCCCAAAUGACAACCACAAAUGUUAAACUACACGAAACGAGGUAUGACAGUAGUGGGCAGGGCGUCCUACAAGAAGGACAUAAGUGUCGAGACUCGAGAGAGAGCGGAUAAAACUUUGCAUUUGCACUCAGGGAAAGUUAAUUAUGUGAUACCACACAUCUAAGCAUGAAUUUAUUUCUGUACUUAAAACUAUUGUAAAUCACCUGUGUACAUGUAAAUAUGUAAAAACAGCCUGAAUUGUAACAUGUAUGUUUUCCAAAAAUACAGAUUUAUAUUGCAGAAACUUGCAUAGUCAACCUUAUAUAUUUUAAUCAGCCACUUUUAAUAAAAGCUUCAUUGCAUGUA